UUAUAACAACUUAGCUAAGGUUGUUGUAUAGCUUUAAUUCACAUCCGUGAAUUUAAUUAAAAAAAGCGUAUAUUAUAUUAGUGUCGCCAAAAGGGAGAUCAGCUGUUGGCUGCUUGUAGUCAGGGAGGAAGUGAUGCAGGAAAAUGCCCAAUAAUGUAGCUACACUCAAUGACUAAAAGGGGAAGCACAAAGAAACUGGCUGAUUUAGUCCGAGAUGGUCUUUUAACUCAUUCCAAACAGCGACUACAAUUGAACGCGGAUUAGGAGGAGCACACCCUCAUCGCUACCCUUUUACUUGUGUUUCCUGGACGCCGUGUAAAUGUAAAUAUUGAUGAGGAAGUUUUUGUCAUCUGCCAGCUAGUUAGCUAGCAAUCUGAGUUAACGCGACGAGUUUGUCUCAGUUGGCUUAUAGUCGUAAGCCCCGCGUUGCCAGCGUAUUACCAACUUCGUUUGGACCGGUACCCCUGGAGGCAUGUGCGUCCGAUUCCGCACAGUACAACAUUCCACAUAGCAUUGCGGAUGUCAAGGUCACAGUGAUGGAGCAAAGUAGAAAGACACACCGACACCUCACCAGUGUCUGAGAGACAGUUUCUGAGUCAGACAGUACACAACCUGAACUGUGGUGUAUUUGACACAGGCUUGAGGGUAUGUUGAGACGUCUUGCAAGGCCAAAGCAGAGGCGGCUAGGAGGUUCUGACGGGGACUGAAGGUGUGGAGGACAGACAGACAAGGGACCAGGGAGGAAGCAUGGGCCAGUGUGUCACCAAGUGUAAGAAUCCAACAUCCUCACUCGGAAGCAAGAGUGGAGACAAGGAGAGCGGCUCCAAGUCCCACCACAAGAAAAGUGGCGGUGCUGGUGGGGGUCACAAGGAAGAGCACAGUCCUCCAAAUAGCAAAGUCGCUAGUGAUCUGUUGAAUGGCACAAAGGCGUUGGAGGUUACAGUGGAAACAUCAGUCAUCCCUGCGCUGACUGGGGAAUUGCACAAGGAUGAGUUCUUGGAUGGCGAUGGGUUGUCAAUGCUGCGCAUUGAGGAGCUGUUCAGCUGCUACAAAGAUGAGCAGGAAGAUGCCAUCUUGGAGGAAGGCAUGGAGAAGUUUUGCAAUGACCUCUGUGUGGACCCGGCAGAGUUUCGUGUGCUUGUUCUGGCGUGGAAGUUUCAAGCAGCCACCAUGUGCAAGUUUACGAGGAAAGAGUUUGUUGACGGUUGCAAAGCCAUCAAGGCAGACAGCCUGGAAGGCAUCUGCUCACGCUUCUCCUGCAUGUUGCUGGAGGCCCAGGGGGAGGAGAACUUCAAGGACCUGUACCGCUUCACCUUCCAGUUCGGCCUGGAUGCUGAGGAGGGCCAGCGCUCCCUGCAGCGGGACAUUGCCAUCGCUCUGUGGCGUCUGGUUUUUACCCAGGACACACCUGCGAUUCUAGAGCGCUGGCUAGACUUCCUAUCAGAGAACCCUUCCGGUAUCCGCGGCAUCUCAAGGGACACGUGGAACAUGUUCCUCAACUUCACGCAGGCGAUUGGGCCUGACCUGAGCAACUACAGUGAGGAUGAAGCGUGGCCCAGCCUCUUUGACACCUUUGUGGAGUGGGAGUUGGAGCGCAGGAAAAAAGAGCAGGAAAAGGCACCGAUGGCAAAAGAGGAGGAAGGGAGGUGUACGGAGACAGAGUGUUCUCCCACUACAGAUAGACUUGAAACAGAGGGCAGCCGCGGCUCACAGACGUGGGGGGGCCACUGAUCAGGAAACAAAAAAAUAUUUGUUUUACAGGAGGCAGGAUAUGACCUAUGAGUGAAUUGUACAUCUGUGAAUCAUUGGAUAAAUAUAGUAUUACCAUUACAGCUGUUCAUUUUGCUCCCCUUUUCUGCCAGUGGGAAUCCUGCUUUGCAACCUUUUUGGUUUUUGAAAGGGCUCUAAGAACUGCUAUGUUUUAAGCACUUCUACUUAAGUUAUUGUUUUAUUUUUUUUCUCCUCCCAUGUGUGAUUUUAGUAAUUGGACUGUAGUCCGUUUUAAUCUAGAAACCAAUCAUGACCCAGCAGAGUGAGCAAAGACUUGGUUAAAAAGAAGGCCUCGGAAAGCCAUAUCCUUUUGUCACAAGCGUUGUUUAUGGUCUUGUAAAACUGCUGGUAUGUUUUGUAAAAGAAAAUAGUUAAUAGUAAACGAGAAGGGAAGUUUGGACAACAUGUCGAUAAAUGAUUUCCAACCAUCAAAACAUAAGAUGUUACCUGAAGGUCUGCAAUUGUCUUGAUUGGACUAGAUAGUGUAUGCGUUUUCCCUUGCAGUGUGGUGAGAAGGAAUAAGUUGCACUUGUAUUGCCUUUACAGCUGUUGGCCUGCAAUUAUGUGGCAAACAGUGAUGUAUCACGAUUCUAUCACAAGGGCAUUAUUAUUAUUAUUGGAAAUAAUACAAAUAAGAUUGACAUUUUCUAUCCAUAAUUUAUUGAUGCUUCAAUAUCAAAUUAAUAUCCAAGUUGAUUUCCAUGGUAACAGACCCGCCCCCACUAUCUGUAUCUGAGUGUUACUAAUGCAGUGAGCAGCUUAGUUUGUUUAAACAGCUGGCCAUUCUCCUUUUUGACCUCUAGCAUCUAAACGUUUUAUUGUCCACAUAUUAUCAAGACGCUAAUGGUACACAACAGUGCUGGCUUUCCCAAAAACACCAGUUUGAUUUAAUUUUAGUAAUGCUGAAAUACAACAAAUUGUCAAAAGCUACUUUUCUGAACAGAAGAUGUCUAAACACGUUGUAUUCAGGAAAAUCCCACACAGAUUAUUUUGUUUACCUGUAAGAGUUUGAGUAUCUUCACAGAGAACUGCUAUACAAAAACGUGCACACUUCACAAAUGUUGUUGACUGCUGCUGAUCAUGGUCGUAAUGAAUUGCACAAAAACCAAUGGCAUGCUAAGUCGCUGUACUGCAACGCUUUGCAGAGAGAGAUUGAUGUCAACCACAUAUUAUUUCCAAUUCAAACCUUUUUCCAAACUGUAGAUUGAGCUUCAUUUUAACUUAGGGUGUUGUGGAAUGAGUGUGAUAAGGUUGGCCAUAAUCUAUUUGUUUGGUUUACAUCCACAAUGGUUUAAUUUCAGAUCCCCAUUGACCUUUUUUUAUAUAAAAUGUAUUGAUUUAUAAUAAUAAAAACAGUGUUGACUUUUUGAA